AAUUCCAGUUUACCUUUCGAUCAAAUCCCGCGCCUUUCACGCAUCGUCGAAAUUUUUAUUAAAUUUUAUCAAUGGAUAUCACCAAGCAAAAUUUCCUCGAGCAACUCCCGUCUAUAAGGCAAGCGAUACAGAAUGCAACGUUCUUUGCGAUGGACUGUGAGUUCACUGGACUUGCCUCGGAUCGUACCAUUUUCCCCUUCGAUACGCCGGAAGAAGUGUAUCUGAAGAUGGUGGAAAACAGCCCCCCGUACAUCAUCGUACAGUUCGGGCUGUGUGCGUUCCGGGUGGAACCGCCCAGCGAGGAGGAGGAGGAGGAGAAAAAGGACGGUCAACCGCGCGUAUCCUACCAGUGUUACAACUUCUACUGCUAUCCCAAGGGCCGCACGAAUGUGUUCAGCUGCCAGGGCGAGAGUAUGCGCUUCCUCGCCGACAAUGGGUUCGACUUUAAUCGUCUCUUCCGCGAAGGACUUUCGUACGCCAACGAAACGGAGGAGCAACGCUAUCGGGCGGAUUUGAAGGACCGGCAAGCUACGCGGGCGGCCAACAUUCUCGCUGCGGCGGAGAGUGACCUGACGGAGGAAGAACCGAAGGUGGGGGAAGUGAACGAUGUCAACAUGAUACCGGUGCCUCCCGAACACCAGCAACAGGUGGACGAUACGGCGGCCAGUAUCGAGGAGUUUUUGCAGUCCGAUCGGCAGGAGCUGAUCGUCGGUAGCUGCAAUGCGUUCCAGCGGAAGCUCAUCUAUCAGAUGAUCGAGCAACGGUACCAGCGAAAGGUGUCCACUUCGACGGUUUCGCUCGAGAACAACCAGAAAGCGAUCAAGGUGGAACGAAAACGUUCGACGGAAGAGGAGCAGGCGCUGGAUGAGCAGCGGCGAACGCGCGAGAACGACGAUCUCGAGACGAGCGUAGGGUUGUCGCUGGUACUGCAGGAGCUGGCAAAGGCACGGAAACUAAUCAUUGGCCACAAUAUGCUGCUGGAUUUGUUCUACGUGCUGCGCCAAUUCUUUAAACCACUGCCGGCAGACUAUCAAGAGUUUAAGAAGCUGACGAAGGAAUAUUUCCCACUUCUUCUAGAUACCAAGUAUCUGUGCACGAAUGCGGAGAUUAAGGUGAAUGUCAACUCCUCCGUACUAGCACACGUGUACGAUGCGGUAAGCAAGGCACCAUUCUCGAUCCCUACGGUGCAUCCCGAGCUGCCGGAUUAUCAGUACAGCGUGGAUGACGAGAAAAAGCACGAAGCAGGCUACGAUGCUUACCUCACGGGGCUAUGUUUCUUGGGGCUGGUUAGCAAAUUCAAAGCUAAUCUGCUGCAACUUCCCAAAGAUCCCAACUUGAAACACUAUCUAAACAGAAUUUUCAUCACCCGCCUAACCGAUGUGAACUAUAUUUAUCUGAACGGGAAAGAACCCACACAAACGCGGGAACAUAUCUUCUACGCAACGUUCCCAGAAACCUGGCGCACCGGGGACAUCCAGAACAAGUUCAAACCGUUCGGCCCCGUGCACGUUAGCUGGCUGGACAAUACGUCCGCGUUUGUGGCAUUGCACAACCGUAGUGCCGCGAGCUCGGUGCUGAAAAUGAUCGGCUAUCACUCCGGCUUCAAAGUGUACAACUUUGCACAAUUUACGCAAAUGAAACUGCAACGCCCUGGAGCUAAACGAGGACGAAACGGUUCGAGUAGUGCUAGUCCCGGAGAAGAUGCAGGAGUUCGAAGCGCACAACCAGUCAAUCAACGGCCGAGCGGGGAAGAAAAAGGACAAAAAGAAGGCCAAAAAAUAGAGCGUCCGCAGACGAUCACCACUGCCGCCAAGCGGAAGGGUACGGAUGAGGCAACGCCGCCAACGCAGGCGGACAAGGAUGCUGCUGCUGCUACUGCCACCAAGGACGACGAGCACGACAACGACGAAGACAACGGUGGCGGCUGGAGAACGGUUAAAAAGGCGCGCAAAACAUUCACCGACAAUAACGAUUGGUAGCGAAGGAAAGGGCGCAAACGGUAGGUGAGUGCUGUUUUUAGAUAAGCGACCUACAAAAAAACGCGCAUAAGGAGAAUCGUCUCUGGUGCGCCGCACUGUAGUAACCGCACAUUUCAGGACAGACCGUCGUGUGCGGCAUCUAUCUCUUUCUCUCUCUCUCUCUCUGUCUCUCUCCUGGUCUCUC